CAACCACGGUCUCAUACGAGCAGACGAUUUCCAGUUCACUUUGCCAGAUGCAAACGCACACCCUUUCUUGAGAUUCGCAAUGGCACAGGAUGGUCCUAUCGGUGGCAUUCCUGCCAAUACGUCCGUUCAGUUUUCUGUACUGGUAUAUGGGUGUGGGGCGCAGGCUGAUGAAGCCACUGGUCUUGUCCCUGUCGUUGUUCGGCAAAGAAGGGCAUUUGGAGGCACUGUGUGUAGCAGCGGUUUUUCUUUCAGUGGUUCAUACUCGUACAUUUGUGACACCAAAAGAACAAGGAGUUUUUCAGUGCCUGCUCGACCCAGAACCGCAAGACCGGCUUGUAUCUCGAUAAUAAUAAAUCCUCCUCGCGGAGGUGGAGGGCCAGGUGGAGGGCCAAGUGGUGGCGGCUGCUGUGCGGGUUCUUCCAGUCUUACCGUCACUGUCACUCAGGACGUGUCUUGUGAAAAAUGCGUACUGAACGUUGUUGACUGUAUACUUGGAAACGUUCCACCUUUCCCGUUCAGUUGUGGCUACACCAUUGGAACAAAGGCUCGUCCAGGAGCUCUAGGAAACGGCGGCGCAGUGGGCUGGGCAAAGGAUGUAGCAGACGUCGUUUUUGCCUGUGUUCCCGCUUUGUCUGUCCUGUCGUCAAUUUGGGGAGGCCUAAGGUGUAUAGAAACGAUUGGAGACGCAUGUUUACCGUCAGUGUCAUAUGAAAGAAGACGGAGGGCUAUAAGUUUACUUACAAAAGAAGAGGUCGCUCCCAUCUUAGCCUACAGGGUUCAGUCGCUCCAGAAUCUGGUUCAGUUGAUGCUCAUGUUCGUUGAUGAACCAGAACAGUGGCAAUUUGUGGACGCCAACGUGUGGUGGAAAAAUCAACUCCGACCUCUGCUGGCAGACGACAGUGACGGCGGCCAUCUGAUAACUAGAGCUGAACUAGAUUCCGUUCGAGGAACUAAUCCAACAAACAUGUCUGAAGUCAUGAUGGAAAAGUUUGUCACGAGGCUAAAUAAUUCCUUGACUAACUGGGAAAAUGGAAUACUUGAAGGGCAAGGAGUCAUCAGUUAUAACAAGGCGUUAGAACGUAUGAACAGAAUCACCAACGAUACACGGACCGCAAAAGAUGCUGGGGCGCAAACCAUUUUUGAUUGGCACAAUGAAGCGAAUCAGCAGUUUUUAGACGCAAAGACGGGCAGGGGUGUCUGUGCCAAAGUUCGGAUUCAGAUCGUGCAGGAAUUGGUUCUCACAAGAGAUGCGUUUGAAGCGACACUGGAAAUUGAAAAUGGCGAGACAAAUACUUUGGAGAAGAUUAGAGUUGAAAUAAUAAUCACUCGGAGUGAAACUGGCGAAAGAGCAACCGAAUUGUUUUCGAUAGGUCAGCCCAAGCUAUCCGGAUUAACGGACGUAUCUGGAAAUGGUAUCCUUACUCCAAAACAAGAGGGAAACUCUAUCUGGCUUAUAGUACCUUACAGUGAGGCGGCACCUCAAGAAGACACUCAAUAUGACAUGGGAGGGAAACUAUUUUAUACACUCAACGGAGAAGAAAUCACAGUUCCUCUUUUCCCUGACACCGUGACCGUUAAACCAGACCCACGCCUUCACAUUAACUACUUCUUGGAAAAGUAUGUCCUAGGGGACGAUCCAUUCACAACAGAUGUUGUUGAACCAUCGGUCCCAUUCUCGCUGGGGGUACUGGUUUCAAAUACAGGGUAUGGUUCCGCAAACCAAAUGCAGAUCACGUCAGCUCAGCCUGAAAUUAUUGAUAACGAGAAGGGACUACUUAUCAGUUUCAAAAUCACUGGCGCUCAGUUGGGGGCAGAACCGAUUUCGACGUCCUUGACUGUGAAUUUUGGAGACAUACUACCAAAUACUACAAAAAUGGCGAGAUGGAUGAUGACGUCAUCGCUACCAGGAAGAUUUUCUAAUUAUUCGGCGACGUUCGAGAAUAUCAAUCCAUUAGGAGACCCUCAGUUAUCAGUUUUAGAUUCCGUUGAAUUUCACGAGCUUCUACAUGUCGUUCGUGUGGAACCAGACGACGGCAUUCCGGACUUCUUGGUCGUGCCAGACAUGAGUUUGGAUUUACUUCCCAAUUUUAUAUACACCAGUCACGACGGAAACAACCCAUACCCUGUGUCGUCUGCAAACAUAACUCAUGUUCAGUUUAAUGGAGGCAAAGAAAUAAAGUUAACAGUGAAGUCGGACAGCAGCGGUUGGAUUUAUGCCAGAACUGAAUUCAGUGAAGAUUUAUCACUAGAUGUCGACUCUGUUACUCGUUCCGAUGGAAAAACAAUAUUACCUGACUACAAUAUGUGGAUUGGCAAAAUAAACGACAAUUCGUUACUACAGAUUGUAGAUUUUUAUGAAAAUACAACCGGCGUGCACAUGUACAUGUACACCGUCAAGCUGGCAAGAAAAAAUAUCUUUGCUCCAAAGUUUGACCCGACAUACAUAUCACUGAAUGUUACUGAAGGGACACCAACUGACACUCUUAUUUACACUGCUAUGGCCACAGAUAACGACACUCCCCCUGAGAACAUGGUUUCAUACCACUUACAGAGUACCGGUAGUGUGCCUUUCAGCGUAAACGAUCAAAGCGGGGAAAUCAGGGUGUCAGGAGAUCUGGAUAGAGAAAUGGAGGACAUCAUUUCAUUCCGUAUUCUAGCAACGGACGGAGGGGAGCCACAAAAAACUGGAACUCUGUCCGUGGAUGCCCAUGUUAUCGAUGUCAAUGACGAGUACCCUGUAUUCAACCCCACUCAAUAUUCAACAAACUUAGAGGUUGAUGCGCCAGUAUCAUAUUCAAUUGUUCAAGUAUCGGCUACAGACCGAGAUAGCGGUUCCAAUGGCCAACUUACAUACGGCAUAAACAAUCCAGAUGGAACAUUCGAAAUUGAUCCCGACACUGGUGAAUUACGGGUGGCGUCUUCGUUAAACACCUCUUUGUCGCCUUAUGUGUUGGAGAUAUUUGCUGAAGAUCGUGGAAUUCCCCCGAAGCGCAGCCCAGUGCUCGCACAAGUGACCAUUAAAGUAACACCUGUAAAUCGCAAUGCCCCUGUAUUUGAUGCUGACGUCAACAGUUUCUCGAUAGCGGAAGCUGCUAUUAUAGGCACGGUGGUUGGCUCUGUGUCAGCAUCAGACCACGACACCUCACAGACGGUCACAUACAUGCUGGGUCCAAACCAAAACAUUCCUUUCGAAGUGAACACAACCAGUGGAGCCCUGAGAACAACUGGUGUUUUGGACUACGAAAAGGCCAAGUUGUACGAGUUUACCGUUCUUGCAAAGGACAACGGCAACCCACCGACUGGAAGUCUAACUGGCACCACGACGGUGUCGGUAAAUGUUACUGAUGUGAACGACAACGCAGCCGCAUUCGCUGACAAUGCAUACGACGUGACUAUCCUGGAGGACUCUGAGAUGGGAACGAAUGUCAUUCGCACGGUCGCUUUUGAUGCAGAUUCUGGUGAAAAUGGUAGGAUCUCGAUUGUAACGUUAAUAGGAUCUGACCUUCCAUUCGAAGUCAAUUUUGAUGGAUCCAACGUAACUGUGCGGACUGCGGGUUUGUUGGACAGGGAAACCAAGGACUCGUAUGUUUUUAAUCUGGUUGCUGUGGAUGCCGGGGUUCCUCAAAAGACGGGUUUGGCACAGGUCACGGUGACAGUAGAAGAUGUGAAUGACAACCCACCUGUCAUUACGCCGCCAGCCGACCCGGUGACCUUGGCACCAGACACGCCCGUUAACACUGAAGUAACCACAGUCCAGGCAACCGAUGCUGACAUCACAGGAAUGCUUCGAUAUUCUUUGUCGAAUGAUGGUUCCGGAAAGUUCGCCAUCAACGCUGAGACUGGGGCUAUUCGUCUAAUAAAGCCAUUGGCCGCGGCCCAGACAUCGUUUACUGUCGACGUUUUGGUAACAGACGGCGUGCAUAAUGUCACGGCCAGUGUCAACCUGCAAGUUGCAACGUCCAACACCUUUGCUCCCUUUUUUAACAAAACCAAAUAUGAAACGAUGGUACUCGAAAACUCUGCCCCAGGGGUAGUUGUAGAGACGGUAGUUGCAACUGAUCAAGACAGCAGCGUAGUGACGUAUUCUAUAGCUGAUGGUAAUGUUGGGAGUGCAUUCACAAUUGACGCCUUUUCUGGCCAAAUCACUGUCCAAGGAAGUUUAGACAGAGAAAGCAGACCUAUGUAUAAUUUGACAGUCGUGGCAAGUGACAGUGGCAUCAACGGGCAAAAUAUCCUCACCUCAGCUGUACCCGUCUUCAUCACAGUUGGAGAUGUCAAUGAGUUUACUCCAGAAUUUCAGGAGACCGAACUGGUGUCUCGCAUAUAUGAAAAUCUGCCCGGGAAUACUUUCCUAAGAGAGUUUAAAGUUCAGGACAAUGACACUGAUCAGACUAUCCACUUCACGUUGAUACAAUCAGCAGAAAAUGCUUUCUUCAUCUCUUCCGACGGCCAGAUAUAUAUAACCAAAUCACUGGACAGGGAGAUGACUGGCCUUUACAGAAUGGCAGUAGUUGCAAAGGACGAUGGUGUUCCCCCACGAAGUUCCACCAUGGACCUGGAAGUACAGGUCCUCGAUGUCAACGACAACGCCCCGGUCUUCACUGCUCCCUCCUAUAAUGAAACUGUAAACCUGGCUGACCUCCCUGACGGUUCAGACGCAAUCCUCACCGUGAAAGCCGUUGAUGCAGAUAUUGAUGCCAAUGGUGUUGUACGAUACGGCUUAGAGUCCUCCCCAAAUGAUUAUUUUGAGAUCGACAGCAUAAUGGGAGUAAUCCGCAUACUGCCUGCAGGCCGGAACGUUGUUGGAGAGAGGACCGAAACCCUUACGGUUGUCGCUACAGACCGGGGUACCCCGCCACAAACUUCAGCUGCAGUAGCAAGAAUCACGUUGAUUGGGGCUGAGACUCCACGUACAAACUAUUCAAUUGAGGUAUCUGAAGACACAUUGCCCGGAUCCACCAUUCUACACUUAAAUGUAACCCAGGUUGGUCUCAGUGUUAUCUAUACAAUAGUGGACGGAAAUGCGGAAGGGAAAUUUUCUGUCGAGGUGCAUGGUCACCUCGUGUUGGAAUCACGGUUGGAUAGAGAAACGACACCGUCAUACGUUUUAACACUGAAUGGAACAGAUGGACAGUUUACCGUUCAUAUCACUGUAACAAGAUCGACGUCAUCCACGUCAACAACGACGUCAACAACGACCCCGACAACGACGACGACAACGGAGACUUUGACAACGACGACGACGGAGACUUCGACAACGACGACAACAGAGACUUCGACAACGACUUCAUCAGAAACGGAGUCAACGACAACGGUACUGACACCGUCUACCACCACUCCAACUAUCCAGCAGCUGAAUGAAGAAUUGACUGCGAAGAGACGGGAAGUGUUUGACGUCAUGGAACAACUCAAAGACGCAGCUCUGCCUACCCAGGACUUCAUGCGUAUGUUUAACCAGUGGAGGAUAAUGAUUUUUGAAUACCUACAAGUUUACAAUGAGCGACAGGAGCGAAUGAAAGACGAAUAAAGGUUGGGACGACAACGUUUUGUCUAAACACACACACACGCUCAACUGUUGCUUUGAACAUAAUACAUCGAGCUGACAUGCAGAAAUAAUUUAAUAAAAAUCACGUGACUUAAAAUUGGGGCUUUAUAUAUGAUUUGAUUACUCGAAACUUAAUAUAUACAGAAUAAUAAAUUAAAAUUAUUUUUUCUUUCUUCUGUUGGUGUUCGUAUUCGCUGUGUGUGAUUUAAUGGAUUAAGAUGUAAGUACAUCAUUGUUUAUGAAUUCAUUUAUCUUGUCCUACUUUUGACGAAUUGGUUGUUCCAAUAUAGAAGAAGACGGAGUGGUGCUGAUUAAAGGCGGGAAAACCUGUACAUCAAAUGUGCACCAUGUUGGAGAUAUUUUUGUGCACCAGACGGAAUGAUAUAUUAAUCAAUGAAGUGACCGCUGAAAGAAAUGGACUAUUUUGAUAAUACUGAGAAACUCAUUGAAUAUACAUUCCACUGCAAAGCUAGUUUUGUUAUAAGUAUGGCUGAUUUAAGAUGAUAUUUGUAUGAUACACUUUUGUUGCUUUGAAAUUUGAAUUGAAAUCUAUUUUCCCAGUAUUUUGCAUUUGUUAACAACAUUAGCCUACAAUUGUUUAUCACUAGAAAGUGUUGAUUUGAAAUAACAGACAUUUGUCAGUCAGAAUCUUUAAUAUUCCAGAAGUACAUGCUUGUAAUAAUUUUAUUCUUAUGUUCUCCGUUAAAGCAGCUUUUUGGUAUUUGAUUAUUGUUUCAUGGAAAGACUAAAACACUUUACAUAAUGUUUUAAUUAUGCAAUUCAAGAAAGCUUGUAUUGGGGUGAACACAUUGCUUUCUUCAAAAUCGUUAUUUGCUUUUUUAAUUGUCUUUUGUGUUAAGAUUACUUACUUCUAAUAUAUAGAAAUAAAUGCUGUGCUCGGAAAAAAUA